GGUCGUACUCAUUAUAUAAAAAGAAUGUGUCUCCCUAAGCUUCUCCGCCACACUGUCAUGAAUCAUAUAACAUGUAGUGACGCCUAUAAAAUGGUAUAGAAGCUGCCUAUUCUAUUGCCCAAGGCUUGUUAUCUUUUUCUUUUAUACACAAUAAAGUGAGCUAGAAUAAUUUCAAUAGGGAUCUUCAGCAGUCAAUAUAACCAAACCGUCAAUAUUAAGUUGUUAAAAAGAAUUUUGCAACUUUUAUGGAUUUAAAAAAAAGGAUUGCAAUAAUAAUAAUGAUAAAACCAAAUGAGCUUUGAUUUUUGAAUAAUAAGAACAUUGUAUAAAAAUAAAAAACUUAAUUAUUACAAAUAUCUAAAAAUCAAUAAAGAAUCAGCUGGUGACUAGAAUGCAAUAUAUGCCUAUUUCAUUGAUUGUAUUUCUCUUUAUUUACAUCCUUUGUUUUACUACUAAUUUUCAUUUCAAAAUAAAGCUACCAAAAUAGAACACAAAAGUGACUAGAAUCUAAACAUAAAUACAACUCAAGUAAAUACCAAAUAACUAAUAAUGUGUGAAAACUACAAGGACAUAUUAUUAGAUUCCCAUUCAUUGAAACAAAAAUCAAUUUCCCAGCCACCUCAGCAGAUGAAUAAAGAUAAUCAUCUAUAUUUUCUAUUGUUCCUAAUAUGGAUUGAAUUUACAUGCUUUACACUAUAAUGAAACACAACUCUGACCGAGUUAGAUAAAAAUGUACUCUCGUGAAGAUGACGAUUAUUCUACAAAAAUUGAAAGAAUCAUUGGAGAAAAUACUGAUUUGACUAGGGAUUUGGAAUAUUGGAUGACCAAAUUGCCUGCCAGCUUAAGAUCAUUGCCAAUUAUUUAUUUGGCUAUUCCAGGUUCUCACGAUAGUUUUACAUCAAACAUUACAAGCUCUAGCGAAAUAUCUCUGGAUUCUGAAAAAAUAUUGCAAGAUUUGAAAUGGCUCUUUUGUGUAAAAGUUGUUAUGGCAAAUUGGACCAAAACUCAAAAUCUUAUUAUUAAUGAGCAAUUGAAAGCUGGAAUAAGAUACUUUGAUUUGAGAAUUAGUACAAGAAGGCACAAUGAUGAUUUGUACUUUUGCCACGGCCUUUAUUCUUGUAGAGUUGAGCCUGUUUUGCUGGAGAUUGGGCGUUUUUUGGAAACACACACUCAAGAGAUAGUUAUUUUGGACUGCCAGCAUUUCUACGGAUUCACUCAGCAAACACACGGUAAACUAAUGCAAAUGAUAAUUAAAACUUACGGCACUAAACUGCUUCCCUAUUCUGAUCAUAUGGAUCACUUAUCAUUGGAUUAUAUGACUACACAAUUUAGAUAUCAAAUUAUAAUAAUAUAUCGGUCAGAUGCUGCCAGAUUUGGACAACCUUUACUUUGGCCAUCAGAUAGUUUUCCAACUCCCUGGGCUGAUACUAUGGAAUCCAAUACUCUAUUCAACUUCUUGGACGAUGCUAUUAAAGACAGAACCGAUCAUGUUGGUUUUAUUACUCAAUGUAUUUUGACUCCUAAACUUUCAGAUAUUCUUGCAAAUAUUUUUACUACAUUAAAACAAAAACUAGCCAUAGACUUUGAAGAUUUAAGAACGGGUUGGAUAUCGAAACAAAUACCAGGACGUGGAGGUGUCAAUAUCGUUAUCGGCGAUUUUGUUGAUCUGGCAGACAAUUUAUUUACUAGAGCUGUGAUAAAUUUGAAUAUUAAAUUACUAAGUGACCUUCCUAGGCCUUUAAACACUACUAUUAUAGGUGUUAAUGGCCUUAAAAGAUAUUAAAAUUUGCUGUGCCAUAAUGAGUGAAAAUAUUCUAAAGAGUUGAUUUAGCACUGGUUAUAAUAUUGCAAACAAUUAACUAGUAAUUAUUAGUAGUAAGAUGUUCUCUAUUAAUAUAUUUACUUUAUUAUUUCAUCUAAUUUUUUACAGCCUAUAUUAGGGGGGGUUCUGAUACACAAAAUUUACAUAUCUCAGGGAAAAUAUAUGUUUCAAUCUAAAUCUUUUGGACGUCCAAUAAUAAAUUGAUAUUAUUUUGUUUCUGCAAAUUAUUUCUUAUCAUAACAAAUAAGGUGUUACUAUUUGUAGGAAUAUAAAGCAUAUCUUAAAUAUUUAUACAAAAUAGUAGGAUAUUGGUAAAUUCUUGUAAAAACGUAUUUUAAUAUUAACUUUUUUUGUUUUUGUAACUUCCUUUGGACAAUCUUUUUUGAGCAAUAUUUUUAAACUAUUUUUUACUGUUAGGUUCCUUUUUU